UCGCCGGUAAAAUUCCGCUUAUUCCGCUUUCUUUGAGAACGAGAAGAUAAGAUUCUACAUCCAGUUCAAUCGUUCAGUCCACACGUUCGGUUCAAUUUUAGUAUACUUGAACGCGCUAAACGCUAAAUACUUGUGAUCAAUUUGAGUUUGAUGAUUUUCGAUGGAGGAGGAGGAAAUAUUUACCGAACUCUUCAGUCCGAUGGAUUACAAAUUGUUCAAAGGACUGCAUGUUUUCGACGACGAUGACAAUUUAGUAGAAAUGACAUUUCUGGAUGAUCCCGACGCUUUAGAGGUAACAGAUGACAACAUUGGCGAACGUGUUCUUUUCUAUCUGCACACAUCGAAGAAACCCAAAAAUCCUGAACUGAUCUACGUGAACGACACGGAGACUCUAAAGAAGACCAGCUUUGAUCCGAAGAAACCGACGCGUUUCGUGACUCACGGAUGGAUGAAUUCUCACAAGAGUAAAGCAUGCACCUUGAUACGCGAUGCUUACUUGAAACACGGCGACUACAACGUCAUCGUUAUUGAUUGGGGCAAUAUCAGCUGCAGACCGUAUUUCUGGGCCAGUAACCAAGUGAAGAAGAUCGCGCUUUACAUUGCUGAUAUGCUUAACUUUCUUCAGAGAAAUGGAAUGAAUAUGUCCGAGACUGUAAUGGCCGGACACUCUCUCGGCGCCCACGCAGUUGGACUGGCCGCGCGCAAUUGUAACGGCAUGAUCGGUUACGUCGUCGGAAUGGACCCAGCCCUGCCCGGCUACUAUUUGUCCGGACCCGGAUCCAGGAUAUCGAGUGGCGACGCACGUCACGUGGAGAUCAUUCACACCAACGCCGGUUUACUUGGUUUCUUGUCCGCUAUUGGUCAUUGCGACUACUAUCCUAACGGAGGAGCCUGGCAGCUCGGUUGCAUAGUGGACAUCGGCGGUGCGUGUUCCCAUGCACGCUCGUUCAAGUACUUCGCCGAAUCUAUCAACAGCCCGGUAGGAUUCUAUGCGACCAAGUGCAACAAUUUCACGAAAUUCACGACCGGCCUGUGCAAAAGGGGGGAACAAUCCGUAAUGGGCGGUCUCGAGAAGACCUUCGGAACGAACGGUGUCUAUUACUUGAUGACCAAAGCGUCGUCGCCAUACGCGAAGGGAAAGAAGUAAGCGUUUCAAGCAAAGUUUCAAAGCGUGCCGAUCUGAAAGAGAACUAGCUGCUAGACUUCAUCGUGGCGAAGAUCUCGCCUCUUGAAUUCAGGAAUUCAUCGUGGCAACGGGAGACCCGCGCGCCGAGCUAAACUCGUUUCUCUCGACGAUCGAUCGGCCGCGUUCGCGGUGCGUAAUUGCGUUUUCGCGGCUGUCUCAAGCGCGCCCGUCGUCGAUUCUCGUUCACGGUAUUUUUGCACCGUCUAAAUUUGGACCCCAUAAUCAACACCGUUACUUAUCGCAAACGUCGGACAUGAAACAUUCUCGUCGUCGUAGUACUUCCCGCUCCCCGUAUCGCCGAUCUAACUCGUCGCGGUGUGUAUACUGAGAGAAAAAGUUCUGCUAAUUCAACAAAAUAUCGGUGCCCAUACAAAAAUGAUUUGUUGAUAUGGGACAGCGAAUGGUCCCGUGAUGGAAAGAAAUGAUUUGUUACUUUCGAUUCGCUGCUCUGAGCAACAUUUCUAUAAUGAAGUCUGUUCGAACUUUUGUACCAGUACAAUGAGCUAGAGUGAAACAUUCUUUCGUCCUAAUUUAUUGCACUUGUAUGCAUUUGUGUGUUUAAAAGUUCUUCGAUAACAAACAAAUCUAUGGCUAAUUUUAUCUAAAUAAACUAGGACAAAUGUAAUUUAGAUCUCAGGCAAUAUAUAUUUGUUAAAAGACCCAAUACUCACGGAGCGUGAUUUAAAAUUGUUUUUCUUGCGAAGAGCCAUGCAUGCCGCUAAGUUCGCUCUGUAGUGAAAAAUUUGACUCUCGGCGUGCUCCGUUGCGAGCUUGACGGUUAGUUUUUCCAAUUUCGGUGUUAUUGUCCAAGCGUGUUACUAGAAUCCCCAUACGGUUCGUUCAAUCAGAUAGACCAAAUGUCAGCUGAUGUCACUCAUAUAAUUACAGUAUAUUAAUUAUAUGACUGACGUCAGCUGACAUUCGCUCUAUCUGAUCGAAUGAACUAUGUUAGGAUCCUAGUAACAAGUUUGGAAAAUAACACCGAAUGUGUUUGGAAAAACUAAUCAACGUUAAACUCGCAACGAAGCAUGUCGAGGGUCAAAUUUCUUUCUGUAGAACGAACUUAGCAGCAUGCAUGACUCUUUGCAAGAAAAACAAAUCACGUUCCGUAGGUAUUGAGCUUAAUAAUGUAAAGUGAUGAUUGCAACGAUAACUGUUUCCCUAGCGAUCGUCGAGUAGGAAACAGCGCUCUUUUGUUCUGAUGACCGAGGGAUUUUUCUCAGUGUACAAGCGCGAACACAAGACGUAUUUCGCGAGAGCGUCUCGCAUGAUGUAAAACGCAUUAUAACGGUUCCAUCGGAAAUGCAAAAUAUACGGAACAGCCGGGUUUCUAAAUGCAAAGGCUAAGUAGCAUUAAAUACGCGUAUCAAUUUCCCUCCGUUGCCCGCUUCGUUUCUCGCAGCGGCAAGAAUUUUCUCGCAGCGGGGCGUACACGCGCGCGCGCAAACAUAUGUCGGGGAGAUACACCGCGGCCUCUCGAAACGCGAAUCGACUCGAACCGGCCGCGGAACCUUAGCCGCGCGGUGCAUUAAAUUUUAUCGUAAUAUUUCCCGUGUAUAUCGCGCGCAUAGCAACAAAGAUAAUAAGGCGAUGCGGAAAGCAGUUGGAUUAAAGCACGCGCUGAAUUUUAGGCUCCGGGCUGUUUCGAAUAAACACAGACGUGGAUAUUUAUCAUUUUGGUAUAAUGUGCACGGAGAUAAAGCUGAAAAAGAAGGGAAAGGCGAUUUUGCAAAGAGAGACCGCUCGGGUUACCUUCGUCGAAUAAUUUUAGCGUAGAUGCGAACAACGUCGCUCGCAGGGACGACGAUAAUUACGACUGAUGCGUGUGGAUGCGCCAAUUGCGCUGUUACCGCGAAAAAAAGGUGUGACUGAUUGAGCGAUUUUCGAUGUUAGAUAUUUAGAAUUUCAGAUAUUUUAUUUCUCAAAUUGGCCAUAGUUAUGCAAAAGUGAUCACAUGGAGUAUGUUUCGAGAAAAAUGAAGAUGAAGAUUUGAUGCAUGAUUGAAAAAGUGUAUAUACUAACGAUGCCUCGCAAUUAUUCAAUAAAUCAAACAUGAUAAAUUUUCUUCUCUUUAAUGGUAUUCAUUGACAACCUUAAAAAAAGACAACCUUAAAAAGUGGUGCAAUUAGUAGAAAGUAAAACCUGAUUUUUUACUGAUUUUACGCGUCCAUAAAGCUUGAAUCUCUUUUGCUUCAUAUAGAAAGUCAUUUGGAAUACCAUUGAUCACAAAAAACUCGAAAAUCAUAAUUUCGUGGGUUGGAUCAUUCUUGCAUAACCAUGUCUAAUUAACGACACAAUGAAAUGUGAUAAUGUUUAUGUCGAUAAUCGAUUUCUUUAAAUUUUAAAGCACUCUUGUACAAAUAAAAAUAUAUUUUUUAUAAAAUA